UUUUUUUUUAUUUAUUAUUUAUUAUUUAUUAUAAAACUCAUGACAAUAUCACCACUUGCUUAUGAAGUGGCACAUUGUUCUUCUUGGGAUGAAGAUCGUAGUCCUGAACAAUUAGUAAACUCUAGUCCUGGUAAUGACUCCUCACUUUAUUCACCUGAAGAAGAAUUGGGUAAUGUCAAAGUCAAAGGUUGGCAAACUAUUAAAUGUUCUACUUAUCCUCAAGAUCUAAUCAUUCAUCUCCUUUGUGGUCCCGCGCGUAUUGCGAAGAUUCAACUCCUGUCUCAUCAUUUCAAGAUUGCUACAAAGAUCGAUAUUUAUAUUGGUUUACUUAAAGAAAGUGAAGAAGAUCUUUCCCAACAAAGUGACGAUGACGAUGAUACUGUGAUACAAUUUACAAGACUUGGAUAUAUUUGUUUUGACAACAAUGCUCGUGCCCAAUUUCGAGCUCGCGAAUUAAAAUCCAUUAAAAUCAAUUCUGAUGGUGAAUAUAUUCGUUUAGUGGUUAGAAACUGUCAUCAAAAUAGACUCAAUACUUAUAAUCAAGUGGGACUAUUGGCUUUAAAUGUUCUUGGACAACCAUUAAUGCAUAAUACUACCUCUUCCUCCUUAUCUCAAAAUCAUAUGACUCGACAUCUUCCUUUGGAUGAAUCUAGUAUGCUUAGUUCAUCAACAAGAAGAACAAGUGUAUCAAGUACUCAUAGUUUGGCUCAUGAAUUGUCUACAUCUGGUGUAGUUGAAUUGGAAUUACAACAUUGGACUUCUUCUUUAAUUCAUGCUGAAUCCUUAGCUGUCCGAGACGAAUCUUAUCAAACUGCCAAAACAUACAAAUUUAUUAGUGACAAGUUAUCCCGAUUUUCUAAAAUCUUGGUAGAUUUUGAACAAGCAAAACGACAUGCUGUAGAUACCAAGGAUUAUGAUGAAGCAGAAAAGAUCAAGGGUGACAUCAAUGAAAUCAAACAAGCAGCAGAAAUGAUCAUCAAACAAGCCAAUAUCCGUAUCACUGAUGAUGGACAGGUGUUACCAUUGGAUCAAAGUCAGUCAAUCGAACAAGUCAUUGAUCUGAAUCAACAUGAUGAUAAUGGAGAACCAGUAACAUCACAAGACCAAAUGUAUGAUGAAGCUAUCGCGAAAUGGACCAAUUUUGAUGCAACCAAACCUAACACUCCCGAAGCAAUUGAAGACGAUGUUCCGAUACCAUCAACAUCCACUACAUCAUCAUCACCCUCUUUGGAUUUAGCGGAAAUGCUUAUGCCCCCAUAUCUCACUUCCUAUCAUUCCGAUAAAGACGACAACAACAACAACAAUAACAAUGAACCUAUACUUCCUCCUCCUGUUCUAUCUUCAUCCAUGUCAGCAAAAAUCGAACGUCGAAAAAGUAUGGCAAACGAUGAUUCGACUAUGGUAUCACAACCACCUAGCACAAUGUUAUCUGUGAAUGAAGAAGAAGAAGAAGAAGAGGAAGAAGAAGAAGAAAUGAUAGAUCCUGAUACUGUGCCUGAACCAAUCAUGGAUGAAGAACGAAAAGCUUAUGAAGUAUCUAUCGAUGUAUUUGGUGAAGAAAUUGUCGCCUGUGUUCUUAGUAUGAAAUCCAAAUGUCGUGAACGAGGUCUGCUUCAUAUUCAACGUUGUGUGGACGCUGCAUGUCAAUUAGCUACUACCGAUGGUCUGGAUCAGUUGCCAGAUUUGUUUGAAAGCCCGGAAUCUUGUGAUGGUGAUGAUAGACCUGUUUAUUUGAUGAAUGCCACAUUAAUGAUGAUUCAAGAAGCUAUUAUGGAUUCAAGAGAACUUAUUGUUACAUCGGCUAUCCAAAUAUGGCAACAACUCAAUGAUUUUUACCUUGCAGCCAAGAUUGAUCCUCAGUCUAUCUCGGAAUGCAUGACACGAACAUUUUCUGGUUUAUUGAAACGUAGUGGAGAUACCCAUCCUACUAUCCGAUCCAAUGCAGUUGAUCUUGUCUUGAUUCUCUCACAUACACACCAUGUGAUUUCUCAGGAAAAUAGCCUUCUAGAUGAUUACAUAUGCAAACCUGAUCGACUGAUCCAUCAACAUAAAGAAGCUUUGGCUCGUGUCCAAUUGGUGCAACGCGCAUUGGAUGAAUUGAAAUUACAGGAACAAGGCGGUAUCAUUGCUUUAGAUCAAAUAAUGGCUUUUGUAAUGACUUAUCUUUAUCAUGGACAUGAUGAUGUACAACAAGAGUCAAUGCGUCUACUCUUAUCCAUUGGAACACUUGUUGAAUGGAAACAACUGUCUCCCUUAUUAGAUGAUGCUACUCGACGUUCAUUACAACCGAAAUUACAAGGUAAACCAGAAUCACCAGUUCCACGCCUAUUAUCAAAUAAAGGAAAUACUAUGGCUGAACUUCGUGCAUUAACCGUCCAAUCUGGAACCGAAAAGAAAUCAACAACUGUUCGAAAAACGGAUACCAAUACCAAACGUCGUCCUGUUACUGCUGACAAAAAGAAAACAACGACGGCACAAGUUACCAAGAAACCAAAUAGUUCUAAUACCAAUACCAAUAAACGAACACAACGAACAACCUCAUCACGACCUACUACCACGAAUAACAAGACAUCUGAACCUACACAAGAUCCAGUGGCUGAUAAUAAGGAAAAUGCUAUGUGUAUCUUUUGUGAUGAAUACAACGAACAAUUCAAUGAACAAACCUUGAUCACGCAUUAUUACAAGACCUGUCCUGCUUUGACGAAUUGUCCCAUGUGUCAUAUUAUUUUGGAGGUGUCCACUUUACAAUCACAUACUGUGACGGAUUGUGAAAAACGACAUUUGAUGAAACAAUGUACUCGAUGUAAACAAGCCAUUCCUGUAGAACAAUGGUUACAACAUACCCUGAAAAAUGCAUGUGCAGCCUAUACCAACCCGGAUGAAGUACGAUGUCCUCUCUGUUUAGUGACCAUUGAACCAGGAACAGAAGAAGGAUGGCGACGUCAUUUAUUGACUGGCGAAGGAUGUCCCAAGAAUCAACGUCGUCGUGAUACCGCUCCUAAAAAGGUGGCCAAGAAACCCUCAGGUACUUUGGAAAAGAAACCUUCUUCUUUACGCAUGAAAACAUCCUCCCUCAAGAAGAAAUAGUUUUUUUUUUAAAGUUUAUUUGUUUUAUAUAAUAAUAAAGAUGAAUUAUUCAUGUUGAUCAAGAGGAGAUCAUAUCAUAUACAUAUACGGGAUAAUAAUAAUAAGAAGAAUAAUAAGAAGAAUAAUAAUAAAUAAGGAGAAUAUUAUAUAUACAUCAUAAAGA